AUGGAUUUGGAUUGGUCCUCUUCAUCCUCCGCAUACUCUCUUCUCUUUCAAGCCCUAUCUCUCAUUCCAAUCUCCCACUACCUCCUCUUCACCUCCCUCGUACUCAUCGUCCUCCUCUAUCGUUUCCUCGAGUUCCAUUUCUUCCAAGACCUCUUCUCCCUCUUCGCCGGAUCCCCCGUCGCCCUCACCUACCACCCCGCUUCCCACUUUUACGACGCCGUCGUCUCCAAAUGCAGGAUUCUCCACGCCUCCUACCUCGCCACGCCCUGGCUCUCCAGUCCCCAUCUCCAAACCGUCUUCCUCAACUUCUUCGGCCGACCUCCCCUUUUCAAAUACCGAAGACAACUGUUCACUACUCCUGAUGGUGGAACCGUUGCUUUGGACUGGCUAUUGAGUUCCGACGGUUUGAUCAUUCAUUCUUAUGUGUCUGAUCAUGGUACAGUUUCUGCUGGUGCUAUCCAUAUGGAGGAUGUUGUCUGUAAAGAUGAAUCCACUCCCAUUGUUGUAGUAAUUCCUGGUCUAACAAGUGACUCUUCAUCCGCUUAUCUCAAACAUCUUGCAUACCAUUCAGCUAAGUGUGGUUGGAAAGUUGUUAUCAGUAAUCACCGAGGACUUGGAGGUGUUUCAAUCACGUCCGAUUGUUUCUAUAAUGCUGGGUGGACUGAGGAUGUACGGACAGUGGUUAAUUAUCUACACAAAGAAAACCCCAGGGCACCUUUAUUUGUUGUUGGGACUAGCAUUGGAGCUAAUAUUCUGAUAAAAUAUCUUGGUGAGGAAGGUGAGAAUCUUCCUGUAGCUGGAGCAGUAGCUGUUUGCUCUCCUUGGGACCUUUUGAUAGGAGACAGAUUUAUAACUCGUAGGCGUGUGCAGAAAUUUUAUGAUAAGGCACUUGCCGUUGGACUUCAAGGUUAUGCAAAAUUACACCAGCCUCAUUUUUCUCGCCUUGCUAAUUGGGAAGGCAUAGAAAAGUCUAUUUCCAUUCGCGAUUUUGAUAAUCAUGCCACCCGCAUUGUUGGGAAGUAUGAGACUGUAGAUACCUACUAUAGACGCUGCAGCAGUUCUAAUUAUGUGCAAUCUGUUUCGAUUCCGCUCCUCUGUAUUAGUGCUCUGGAUGAUCCAGUCUGUACCAGGGAAGCCAUUCCCUGGGAUGAAUGCAGAGCAAAUAAAAAUGUUGUCUUGGCUACUGUAAAGCACGGAGGACAUCUGGCAUUCUUCGAAGGGAUAACUGCAUCUGGCCUUUGGUGGGUAAGAGCCGUUAAUGAAUUCCUUGGUGAACUACACGCUAGCCAUUUUAUGCAUGUACAGAAGAAGAUCCCUAAACCAAACACACCGUUGGACUCAUCCAUUGAUCGGGGCCCUUAUGUUAAUCUUACCGAAGAUGGAAUGGUAGCUGCAUUGAACAAUGAUAUAAAAACUGACAACAAUACAGAAGAAAUACAGGUAAUACGGGAUACACAUAAUGAGGGUCUAAAGAUGAUUCCAGAAGAAAAAGUGGUUAAACGAGAUGAGCUUGAGACUAAUGCAAAGACUGUAGGUUCGCCAGCCAUUGCUCAAAUAGGUAGUGCACAAGAUGCAGCAGCGAAUAUGAUAACACCUUUCAAAAGAUACCUAGGCCAGUUAUCUCGACAAAAUCGAUGGUCCAUCUGGUUGCUAGUUUACAUUGCUAUUACCACAAGUUGGCCACUGGCUGAAAGUUAUCAUUGGUACUUAGAGAGUGUCAAAGAUGCCAAGAGAUGGAGUGCAAGAAGCGUAAUACCUGGAAGAUCCCCAGAUGCAUUACAGUACUGUUCAUAA